UGACCUUGUGUCAAAGUACUUUUGUGUUCUUGAAUGACUGUAGUCGUUGAAAUCGUCUUGAGAGUGGUUACAAUGGCAGGUGUUCAAAAAUAUGUAUUUGCACUUAAACAUAUGACGGCGAACUUCAAAUAUUCUAAGCGCAUUCACCGGAUAAAACGUUUUGACAGCCAUAUGAUGGCCCUCUUGGAACCAAACAAUUUUUGUUUCAGACAUUUCUCUUUAUCUCAAAAAUUAAAACAAGUAUUCAUGUGACUCACCCUGUAGAACUAUUAAAGCGACAGUUCUGUCGCUAGUGACUCGUGGCCUAAAUCUGUCUAAAUGUCUCCGCUAAAUUUUAUCGUUUCAAAUACCGCUCCAAAUUUUAUCAAUAUAAUCACGAUAGUUGUGUUUUAUGGGAGUGCUAAUGAAAUAUUAAAAUGUUUUGUAUAACGUACACAUCAAAAUUUUGUACAAGCGUUAUGAAUCGCUGUAUCUACCGUAAAUUAUUCAUAUAUCAUUAGGUCAACAUCCGACAAUGACCUACCGUGAUGUAUCUUACUGGAGAAAACGAGAAGUGCGAUGAAAUUUGGCUAAUAUCUUCGUGAUUUAUUCCAAGGUUGUGUUCUAAUUUUAGUGUAUCGAUAGGGAACCAUUUACGUUACUACAUCCUUCACCGUAGCAUGCAAUGCGCCAAAUCUACGAAAUGCUAUUCGAAGCCAGUAGUCUGUAAAUUGUUCGGAGGAGUAUACGGAUCGUCUCGUCUUGAUUCCUAAACAUCGUAAUUUUCAAGUUCAACUUUAUAUUCCUUCCAUUCCCUUUCAUUUAUGAUGUACCAACCGCGUUUGUUAUGUGUGGUCGUGCCUACAUAUUGAUGCGUGGACUUUCAUUCAAUGGUCGUACGUGUAUAUAAUGUUGUUGCAAUUGUAAGUCAUAAAUGAAUUAAAAAAUUUUCUAAUAUUACAUGCAUUAAUAAGAUGUUAAGAACAAAUAAUAAUAAUAUUAUAUGAAAUAAAAACAUAAAAUAAGCUAUAACUCUUACGUAAAUUUUACAAAGGCAAUACAUAUAACGAUGGCCAUGAAAUGGAACAAACAUUCCUAUCAUUAUCUCUUUUAAAUACAACUAGAAAUAAAUAAAAAAUAAAACUUGAAAAUAUCAAAAGUAUCAAAAGAUGCUCGAAUUUAAAUCCAUUAAAUAUAAAAUGCUACUACCAAACAGCUUCCUCUUGUACAAACAUUUCUUACGAACCAGUUUCAACCCAAAACUUCUUUGUUCCUCGGUAAAUAUUCUUUAUAAAUUAAAUUUGUGCAUACUGAAAGGUCAUGGAUAAAUAGUUAUGAAAUGGAAACGAUUGCAUCACCAGUGCACUAGUUAUAUGUGUAAAGAAAAAAGUUACACAUGCCUCCGUUACCUUGGUACAUUGAUGUAGAACCAACAAAGGACUAGGUUAAAGAAAGAAAUCGCUAUCGAUGAUAGCAUUGUACUUCAUAAGCAAAGGAACCUUGACCUUUGUCAAUGGACGUGCCCCUUUUCCCAGCACCGCCAAUCCUUGGGGGUGUUGCGACGCCCGUUAGUGAUGUUAUAGACGUUGCGAAGUUGACACCUGUUUCGCUGUCUGCUGUUACAUGCGCUCGUAAACAACAUGCCGGGAAGAAAAUGCACAGGGCGAUCAAGAUCCACAAAAUACGACAUUCUGCCCAUAGGAACGUAAUACAUCCGAAAUCGAAGGACGAGAUCGGACGUCGCGUUACCGAGUUUCACAUAACGAUGACCGAACAGCAGAGGCACAACCAGAAUGAAGACGACAACGAUGUAGUGUUUGCAAUAGAUACACCUACAACAGUUUCGGAAGACAUCUCUCCGCGAUACAAAACGACCGCAAAUUCCGAAAAACCGACGAAAUCAAUUGCUAUUCAAACAACAGUUGGACUACCAUUGCGACUCAGGGUUUUACCAUCCGUUAAAGAUAUCGUCGAAGAAGAAGAUGUAGCUUCGUCAAAUGUAAAAGGAUUUUCGAAAAUAUGGAAACAUAUUAGAUUUCUAGGAAGAUUAUCACUCUCGUUGUUUGGAUUGACGUGGUUACUUACCAUUUGGGCAAUUGCUGGUGCAGUGGCUUUUUGCGUGAUUGAGGGCCCUCGGGAACGUGAGCAAGUUGUAAAAUUGAAGGAUAUGCAGAAAGAUUUAGCGGUUGGCUUAGCGACGGAAUUGAGACAGUUGCGUACAGAAAAAGAAGAAGACGUAGAACCGCUUUGGAGUAACAAAGUGCACCAAUAUGUAGAAAAACACGAGAAGUUGCUAUUGAUGGCAGUUAGUUCUGGAUAUGGCGAAAGUGGAAAUAGUGGACAACUUUGGACGUUUCCGGGUUGUAUCUUAUUUGCGCUUUCACUUCUCACCACUCUUGGUUUUGGUGCCCCGGUUCCACGAACGACAGCUGGUCGAACAGUAACUGUUAUUUUUGCAGCAAUUGGUAUACCUGCACAUUUUCUUUUAGUUAUGAAUCUUGGUCUUCUGUUAGCAGUACGAUUACAAAGAUAUGCUAUAUCGAGGAUACUUGAAGGAUACGAGCAAACAGAGCUAAGUUAUACACCGCCAGUACCAAAAUGGGUUAAGGUAGUGCCCUUCGUUUGUGUAGCCACUUACUAUCUGCUGGGAGUCUUGUGUUUUGGAGUAGCUAGAUCCAGGCCAAUUGCAGCAAGUGUUCUAUUUCCUUUAGAUUUUACUGCUGCUGGUGGUCUUUCAACAAUAGUUGGCUAUGUGCGAGUAUUAUACGGUCUUUACUUGGAAGGUGCAGUCACUAUUGCUGCUAUUGCGGUUGCGGUUUUGGGUGUAUCAACUACCCAGAACUUGACCAAUAUUGGUCUCAAAUAUGGUUUAUUAAUCGAAGCAUAGUAUUUUCAAGAAACGUUUUAUAUUUCGAAUAUAUAACUAUCUUAAAGAUAAUUUGUCAUAAAGCUGUUUCGUUGUAAUGCAUAUUUCACUGAAUUGCAUUAAAAUAUACAUAUCAGUAAAAUGUAAUUUCAAGAUCGAUAAUUUUCAGAAUAAAAUUUUAUAAAAAAUUAU